AUGUUCACCACACUUACCGUCCUCUUGGUCUCUCUUCUUUCUUUGACCUCGGUCUUCGCGAAGCCGCUAUCGUUCCGACGUGACCAAGCACUUGCUUUCCGCAAUGCCCCUGCUCCUACCCUGCAGGCCCGCGGUAACGGCAAUGUCUCUUUUUCCAACUUCAACAACAUCGCUUCACUCCAAGGAUUCGAUGAUUUCAACGGUCUAGGAAACUUCCGUGGUGACCGGAACUCCCAAACCGUUGUGGUCAAAGAGACCCAAGUUCAAUGCCAAGACAUACAGAUCGAGUUUGUUCAACAACGCCUUGCUAUCUUGCAGGAGGUGGCGAAGAGGCACAAUAAUCACAGAACAAGUCAGACUUUCCGUGUCAUCUGCAAUGUUGAGACCCAAACAAUUGUUCUUGCUCAACAUAACGGCGCACUCGAGGUCUUCCGCGACGACAUCCAGCGUAAGACUGUAGCCCGACAGAUUGGUUUCGAUGAACAAAUCGUCUCCAAAUUCUCGCAAAUCUUCCAGCAGGACGGAAGUCUUUCCGUGGUGGAUGCCGGAUUUUCUGGCAAAGAUGUGGGGAAGAACCUUAUCGUGCCCUUCGGAAACGACUGGGACAACGACAAAUCCCCUCAGCGACAACCCGCCAUUGAUGCUGCCAUCAUUGCAGCCAGCACACAGCAAUGA